AUGUCGUUUGGCUUCCUCGUGAACAAGUGGCAGAUUUUCAAGAAGCCUCUGAUGGUUGACUUUAAGAACGUCAGCAAAGUGAUUAAAACGUGCAUGAAGUUCCACAACUUCUGCAUUAACGAAAAAAUAAUUGAUGCUGAUGCAACGGUGGCACACGACCGAGUGUCGCGUGCGUAUCACCAGCUACGAGAAAGCUUGUACCAGCCAGCGGACAUCAGCGUGGCAGACAUGAGCGCUACGGACGUUGAACUUCAUGACGCCGCCCGUGGCCGAAUCCUGCGGUAA